AUGUCUGGCAUCUCGAAAUCCUCAUCCGCCAAAAUUGAUGAUUUGCGUGUCAAGGAGUUGGAAAAGUCCAAAAGGUUUCGGCAGAAUGCUACCAUCAGCAUGACGGUUGGUGUUCUACCGGAGACCAUUGCCCCUGCUGCAGCUUUCAUAGUCUAUGCCCUUAUUUCUAGCCACUCCGGGCAAGGACUUAAUCCUGCGAAAGCAUUCUCAUCAUUAUCCCUCAUUGGUCUAGUCAGCAAGCCCAUGUUGAACUUCAUGUAUGCUUUUCCGGUAUUUGUCGCUUCCUUGGGUUCUUGGGAUCGGAUUCAGAAAUAUCUUUUGAUGGACCAGAGCCAAGGUCACCAAAUUUCCACUUCCCUUGGCGAGACAGCCAAGCACCAACAAAAGGAAUUACGCACAAAAUCCACUUCAGAUGCAAACACUAUACAAUUCAAUGACUUACAGCACACGGAUCUGAGCAACGCUUCCAAGCCUUUGAUCCAGAUGGAGAACGCUUCAUUUUCCUUCAAAGCAACUGGAGAGCCUGUUUUAAAAAAUGUCUCUCUCAAAGUCAACCGAGGCAGUAGUUCCCUACUUGUGGGGCCAGUUGGGAGUGGCAAGAGUGCCUUGUUACUCGCCCUACUUGGCGAGAUUGUCCAGACAGAAGGGGAAACGCUAAAACAACCGGGAUUGGGGAUUGCAUAUUGCUCUCAAGAGCCAUGGUUGCCAAACCUCUCUAUCCGUAGUCUCAUUCAAGGUCCUUCAAACUUUGAUGAGACAUGGUAUAACGAGGUGAUCAAGGCAUGCUGUCUCGACACAGAUAUCCUCCAUCUACCACAGCAAGACAUGACUGCUGUUGGAAGUAAAGGCGUGCGCCUCAGCGGGGGUCAAAGACAGCGUAUUGCCCUCGCAAGAGCUAUCUAUUCCCGGAAACAGCUUCUUCUGCUAGAUGAUAUUACUAGUGGGCUUGAUGCUACCACGGAGAAUCAGGUCAUUCAACGAGUAUUGGGACAGCACGGUAUAUGUCAGAAGUAUGGCUUGGCUGUAGUUCUUGCAACGCACAAGAGGCAUUUCAAGUACAAGAUGGACACAAUCAUCACAAUUGAUCACGACGGCUUAAGUGUGAGAACUCAGUCUUCUGAUCAGAUACCUGUCGAUUUACAAAGCGAAGUUCCGAUACACCAAGAUAUUGCUCCUAGCACUCCUAGACCCGAUGUCUUGGAAGAACAGGACAUGGAAGCAAGUCAAGCACUUGCCGAUGCAUCUCGCCGAGUAGGCGACUCCAGUCUUUAUAUUCUCUAUGCGAAGGAAAUGGGCUGGACUGCCGUGAUAUUAGUUCUUUUUGCAUCAAUUGGAUUUUGUUUCUUCAGCAGAUUCCCCAAUAUUUGGCUCGAGUGGUGGUCCGAAGCAGAAAUUCAGGAACCAGGAAAAAGCAGCACCCGAUACAUCGCUGGCUACGCAGGCUUUGGAGUCUCAUCGGCUAUCUGCUUCUUCCUUGUCUACUGGCUUUUUAUGGUUGAAUCCGUGCCUCGAACUUCAGUUCGGUUGCACAGAAGGCUGCUGAAGGCCGUUACCGCAGCUCCUCUUGCAUUUCUUGUUUCAACUGAUACCGGAGUGAUACUCAAUCGAUUUAGUCAGGAUAUGUCUUUAAUCGAUAUGAGACUCCCAGGUGCAAUGAUACAGACACUAGACGGUGUUCUUGAUGCAAUUGCUGAAGUUGUGCUCAUCGCACAAUCAUCCCCAUGGACCGCACUGACCUUUCCCCCGAUCAUGUUCAUUCUUUAUAUCUUGCAGAAGUUCUAUCUUCGUACCUCGCGACAGAUCAGAUACUUGGAUCUUGAAGCCAAAUCUCCCCUUUUCUCUAGCUUCCUCGAGACAUGCGAUGGGAUCGCUACAAUUAGGGGAUUUGGCUGGCAAGAAAGUUUCCGUCAGCUCAACAUGCACCUUACCGACGAGUCGCAGAAACCGUUUUAUCUCAUGUACUCUAUUCAAUGCUGGUUGACUCUUGUUUUGAACUUGAUAGUGAUGGGAAUCGUUGUCGUACUUGUCGUUCUGGCUGUUGAACUGCGCAAUACAUCUGGCGGUGCUCUUGGUGUUGCACUCAACAAUGUUUCUGCUAUCAGUGCGACUUUGGCGUACGUUAUUGAAGCAUGGACUUCGCUUGAAACCUCAAUUGGGGCAUUGGCUCGAUUGAAAUCCUUCGAAUCUGAAACUCCGUCUGAGCACCUUCCCCGGGAAUGCUAUACUCCUGCGAAUGCUUGGCCGUCUGAAGGAAGAAUUCAAUUCGUCGAUCUUGCGCUAAGCUACCGGAGCGACCUUGAUGCUGUAAUCCAGGGAAUAGAUCUAACGAUACCUCCCGGUGCUAAGGUAGGCAUUUGUGGGCGCUCAGGAAGUGGGAAAAGCUCCCUAAUAUUAGGUCUACUACGACUGAACGAGAUCACAAAGGGAAGAAUCCUAAUAGAUGACCUCGACAUCAGCCAAGUUCCUCGAGAGACAAUUCGACAGAAGCUAGCCGCGCUACCCCAGGAUCCACUAAUCUUGCCUGGUUCAAUUCGUACAAAUCUUGAUCCAUUACAGAAUCGUACCGACGCGGCUAUUAUGUCUUCGCUUUCGCGGGUCGGAAUGAUGGACUGGUUAUUAUCUAAAGAAGCAGGCUUAGACAGCCUCAUUCAGAAAGAGACACUUUCUGCCGGCCAGCAGCAACUGAUUACUUUUGCGCGAGUGUUGUUGAAGCCAAAACCGUCUCCCAUCCUGCUCCUCGAUGAAGCUACUUCGAUGGUAGAUAUGCAGACGGAAGCCAUGAUGAUGAAAUUGAUCUCGGAACAAUUCCAAGACAGUACAGUAAUUGCAGUGGCACAUCGGUUGAGCACCAUUGUGGACUUUGAUCUUGUGUUGGUCAUGGAAAAUGGGGCCAUUGUUGAAUCUGGGAGGCCUGCUGAGCUUCUUCAAGACCCUGAGAGUUGGUUUAGCGGCUUAUGGACCAAACAAGUCCAGGAUAGUGCUAGCGGUGUCAGUGGGAUUAAUUCUGGUUCUUAG